AUGGAGAUCAACAAAUUGGAGCGAUAUGUGAGCACCUUGAAGCGCGAAAUAAAGCACUGGGAGCACAAGUAUGAAGCAGAGAACGGCAAAAUGCCCACUACCGAUGUGAUCAAGGCGGACUUAGCCGUCUCGGCAAGGUAUAAAAAAUAUCACAAGUACAAGAAGAUCUUGGGAAAACUGCAGUCAGGAGCAUUAACCGUUGAGCAGUGGAAGAAUCAGGAACGACCGUCACAGAAUGCAGAGCAAAAUCUUCCGCGUUCUCCUCCUCCUUCGUCGCCUGAGAGCGAGAAGGAGAUUGGACCUACGCCGCAGCUCGAUGGAAGAGUUUUAGGGAUAUUCGAUAUCGAGAUCAAGGAGUCUCCAACCCGCCAAACUCCUACGAAACAGGCAAAUCCAGUCAUUGAAGUCGCAAGUCCGGACAAGUUCAAGACCCCCACGAAAAAAGUUGAACGCAAGCUUCUAUUUCAGGAGACACCCCGUCGUGAGAGAACGGCGCUUUUGCAAGAAACUCCACAGUACCUACGAACAGAGUCGAGCACAUCGAGCGCAAUGUUUUAUGGCAACCUGACGCCAGAGAAAAAGAGUCCUCAAGUGAUGGAUGUGUCUCCGAGUAAAGUUGUCGAGCCCAGUCCGAUCAUUCGCCGGGCUGGCAGGCGUACCCUGUACGAGCUGAAUAACGAGAUUAAGGAGUUGCAGCGACAACAAAGUCAGGAUGGAGAGGAAUUUAUAGAGGAGGUUCAUGAGGAGCUUCCAGAGGACGAGAUCAAACAAGAAGACGUUAUCAUUCGCAAAAAAACAGCUAAGAGAACCACUAGACGAGUGAAGCUACGCACUCUCGGGCCUCAAGAUGAACAAGAUAUGCUAGAAUCCUUGGAUAUACACGAGGAAAUAAGAAAACUGCGACAAAAGAGCGAGACCAAGACGAUCAGCGAGGAUGAAAGUGUAAGUGAGUCCGAAAGCGAAGAAGAGGAAUAUGUGCGCAAAAAAGCGACCGACGAAGACAAAAAAUCCACGACAGGGAAACACCCGCUUUCAAACAAUUUUGUGCGCAUGAAGAUACAUAGGAAGACAGGUGGACGGUUCAAAAGAAGACGGUAG